AUGAGUAAAUCCUUUACUCCUAAAGCUAGUUGCAGUUAUAAUGCUAGUGACUCUGACCCAUAUAUGACUGAUGAGGAUUCUGAUUAUGAACCCCCAAGUGUACCCCACCUUAACGUUAAUCAGAGCCAGCAUGUUAGUGAAUUAUUAGAGAAUAAUAGUUCAGACAGUGCUCAUGUUACUCCUAAAAGAACGAGAAAGAGAAGGUUGAAUAUUAAAGGCCAUAAAAAACAAAUUAGGAAAAAUGCGAGACUGCAGGGUUUGGAAUAUGAGACUGCAAAGGGGAAAAAGGUUAUGAAAAAGGAAUUGAAAGCCUAUGAACACAGAUGUAGAUAUAAAUGUCAUGAAAUAAACGAAGCAGAUAGACAGAUGUUGUUCACAAGAUUUUAUCAACUCAAAAAUACUACUCUUGAAGACAGUGAUGAUGCGAAGGUAGUAAGUAGUAAUAUUUUGAUUCCACAAAAAUAUAUUGAUUCUGACAUAGAGGAGGAUUUGGAAGACUUUUCAAUUCCAGUUAAGAAGGUAAUUGUGGAAAAUAUUCCAGAUUUAAGGGACACUCAUAACUAUAUCAACCUUGUUAACGUUAAAAGUUCUGAAGAGAUAAUAAAUAAAUUUGAUGUUUUAUCUGAUCUCCAGUUACAUAGCGAAGAAACAAAUGCAGUUAUCGAAGAAGAACAAGAAGAAGAAGAAGAAAUACAGUCAGGAAACGCAGAAGAAACACGUGCCUCUAAAGAAGUAGCGAAUGGUUUAUCUGAAGAAGAAUUAUUAGAACUCGCUUUUAACAGUGAUUCAGACAAAAACUUUGAUGCUGAAUCAGAGAACAGCUACUGGUGGGAGAAUAUUUGCGAACCGACGUGCAGUGGUAGUGAGAAAAACCAUGACAGUUCAGAAAGUGACACCGAGAUAUUCCACAACCCAAAAGACGAAAAAUAA